ACCCAUAGAUCACAGCGACAAUGUCCUUCCCCAUCCUCUUCACGAUCCCGCCCUCCAACCGACACGAAUUCAUCAUCCUUGACACCUCCUCCAAGCCAUCUCUCAAAGCGCUGAACAAGCAAAUCACGACCACACUCGCGUCAUCCCCGAACUGCGUCGAGUUCAUGGGCAAGUACAAGAGCGCGGAGACAAAGGAGCAGAUCCAGGAGUUCAAGAUUCACUGGAGCAGCAAGGCUUAUGAUUUGAAGGUUUGGCCUGAGUACACGGUUGUGACGGAUGAGAAUUUCGGUGCGAUUUUGGAGGUGCUGCAGAAGGAUCCGAAAAGUGGGGUGCUGGAGAUCAAGGUUGGGAAGGCGGAAUAGGAUGCUGGGCUGCUCAACAAGGAGAAGUUCUUUGAGGAAGAGAGGAAGUUAUGAAUUAUGAAAGCUAUGCCGUUCAUCUGUUGUGCUCUCUUAUGACACCGAGUGUCAUUCCAAACUUGACGACCAUGAUCCAACGCCAGACCCAAUCCCUACAAUAUACACUAGAAUAUGCAGCGAUGCUGUUGGUAGGUGGUCGAAUGCGAAAGUCAAAGAACCAUAAUGCAUGUCGAACCUGUAAGAAGUGGAGGGUAUCCGUACUGGUUGGCAAGCCUAUGCCGAAUAUCCAGUUUCAGG